AUGAAAACUUUUCUAAUUCCUUCUAUUAAUGCAGGACUUAAUUUUUUGCAGCAGACAGUUGCUGAUCAAUAUAUCAGCUGUGGUAUAGGAUCAAUUAGUCGUAAUAGUAUUCUUUUGGUUGCCAAAGAUAUGUGGAACAUGUCACUCGGGAGUUAUCCGUCGUAUCAUGAAUCUUUUCCUGUAGAAUACUGCCAAAGUUCCGAAGGAAUGACACGGAGAUUUCCAAUACUUUACAGUAGCGAGAAAUGGAACUCUGGGGGUUAUUAUUACCUUGUUGAAUCAAGCCAAAAUAGAAAAUUUAUUAGACUCCAUUACCAUGGUAUAUCCACACAGGAAUGCUUCGUACCCGGCGUCUAA